UGUAACAACAUUUUUUUAUACUAACGUGUUUGGUGCUUGGCAAGAGAUUCGCAGAGCAAGAUACAUAAGGCGGAAGACUAGCUUUCUCUAUUAAUAAUUGUCUUCCAUUAAAAAGAGUACGCUAUAGGCUAUCCUCCCCCAUACUCAAUUUAUAUAUAGCUGGUUUUGACUAUACCAUCGUUUUAACAAUCAGAUCGUACUAUAUUAUUCCUUAUACAAAUAUAUAUAUAUAUAUAUACAUACAUAUAUAUCCAUCUCAUUGAAUUUAUAAAGCACCUCUUAUAUUGUAAUUACCAGUAAAACCAAAAAUGAAGAAAGCAGAGUUGGUAUUCAUCCCCCUUCCAUUCUUGAGCCACCUUAAACCUGCGAUAGAGAUUGCAAAAAACCUAGUCAAAUUUGAUCGCAACCUUUCCAUUUCAAUGUUCCUCAUGAAAUCACCUCUUCCAGACACCAAGUUGGAAGCCUACAUCGAUUCUCUUGAAGCAUCCCCGCCGAAAUUGGAGCGUAUAAACUUCAUCAUCCUUCAAAAUGAUUAUGUGGUUACAUAUGUCAACCUCAACCUCAUCAUGAACUCAUUCAUGGAGCAUCAGAAACCCCGAGUCAAAAACGCCGUCACCAAACUCAUCCAAUCUCAGAAUUGUCGACUCGCCGGAUUCUUUAUCGACCAGAUGUGCGCAUCCAUGAUAGAUGUGGCUCAAGAAUUUGAAGUUCCCACUUACGUAUUCUGCACGGUAAGUGCAGCAUACGUUAGCCUUAUUUUCCACCUCCAAACACUUGGUGACCAACGUAACAUUGACCUAUCCGGGUUAAAAACUGACCCGGAUGCUGAGUUGGUCUUUCCCGGCUUUGUCAAUCCGGUACCGGGUCAAAUCCUGCCCGAUUUGUUGCUGGACAAGGUUGGAAUCUCCUUGUAUCUGGAUCAGUUUAGAAGUUUCAGGGAAGCCAAAGGUAUUAUUGUCAAUACGUUCACGGAGUUAGAGCCCCAUGCAUUCAAUUCUUUAUCCAAUGGUGAAUUGCCACCUGUUUAUCCGGUGGGACCUAUCUUAAACCUGGUACGCGAUGAUGAUGAUCAUGGCCAAGCGAGGUUCAACAAUGGAGACUCAUCAGAGUCCGAGAUAAUCAAGUGGCUUGAUGAUCAACCCUCUUCAUCGGUAGUGUUCCUGUGCUUCGGGAACUUAGGAGGCUUCAGUGAGGAUCAAGUCAAAGAGAUCGCAAAAGCACUUCAAAAGUGUGGGAUUCAAUUCCUGUGGUCCCUACGUCAACGGCCAUCUUUAGAACAUGAUCAGACCGUUGAAGCAAAUACGUUUAUAGAUACAGUGCACCUCAUGCUUCAAAAGUCCACCAAUCCGACGGCUAAGAUGGGGAAGAUCAUAGGGUGGGCCCCACAGAUCGCCAUCCUCUCCCAUCCAGCGAUCGGAGGGUUCGUAUCACAUUGCGGGUGGAAUUCUAUACUGGAGAGCUUAUGGUUCGGUGUGCCAAUUGCCACGUGGCCAUUAUUUGGAGAUCAACCGUUGAAUGCGUUUGAGUUGGUAAAGGAGUUGGGAUUAGCGGUUGAGAUUAAAAUGAAUAACUCGAAGUAUUUUAUGAGCGAUGAAGAUGGAAUGAUAGUUAGUAGCGUAGAGAUUGAGAAGGGAAUAAGAAAAGUGAUGGAAAACGACAGCAUAAUAAGAAAGAAAGUAAAAGAGAUAAGUGAAAAGUGUAGGAAGACGAUGAUCGACGGUGGAUCUUCACACUCUUCUCUGGAGCGUUUGAUCAAUAACAUCAGAGACAAUUUGGCUUAAAAGUAAAGCCUCUGUUAUGUCCGUACUCUACCAGAGAUUUGAGAACAUGAUCUUGCGGUCCUAUUAUCGAAAUGCCUGAAAAUUGCUUAGUAUGUGAUGCAUGUGGUGUUGUGUAACAGAAUGAAAUUAAUAAACAAUCGAAUUGGGGUUCUGUGCUGGAUUUGUAUUUAACUG